CGCUUCUCUUGCAGCAAAGCAGGGUUUCGCCAGUUUCCCUGGGCUAUCCUCCUCUACCUCGCCACCAGCGCCGACGCUCUCUGGCGCUGCGCUUGGAGAGGCUCUGCUCGUACGCCGGUUCUCUGCGCUGUCAGCUACACCGAGUGUAAACAAACUGGGUAGCAGUGCGCUACGUUGGCUUCAUCACCGAGUGGACCGACUCCGUCGGCUCAGCUACCAGCCCUAUUCAUCUCUUACGUCGCUGUGACAAGACCGACACAACUUCGGUCUCUGCAUCAAGAGGGGCCCGAUGAACGGAUUUAGUACGGAAGAAGAAACGCAGAGCGGUCACAACCAGAUCUGCUGUCUCUUGGACGACUCUGAGCGCUGCACGCGGCCAGCCGGGAAUGCUAGCUACAGCAAACGCAUCCAGAAGACAGUAGGUCAGCGCAAGCUGAAGCUCAACAUCGAUCCCAGGGCGCGGCACCUGUACAUCUGCGACUACCACAAAGGUGUCAUCCAAAGCGUGCGCACCAAGAGGAAGCGCAAGGACAGUGAAGACGACAAUGGUUCCAACGAGCAAGAAAUGGACAUUCCUGAGGUGGAUCUGUUCCAGCUUCAGGUCAAUACGCUGCGAAGGUACAAGCGGCACUACAAGGUCCCCAUGCGGCCUGGGCUCAACAAGGCGGAGCUGGCUGAUACUUUGGCACGGCACUUCAGGACCAUCCCCAUUGCAGAGAAGGAAGCCAUCACAUUUUUCAUCUACAUGGUCAAGAACAACAAGAACAAGCUCGAUCAGAAGAACGGUUCUGACCCAUGCUGAAUCCGGUGAACAUUGUUGACCGCGUGCUGUGUGUUGCGCGAAGCCGGUGCCCAUCUUCGCCCCGUGGAACGCAGUUAGCUCUAUCAUCUCUCAAUCACCACAUCCCUCAUCACUUCCUGUAUAUAUGCCAUCUAACUGCUUCCUUUUGUACAUAGUAUACAUAUAUACACAUUAUAU